AUGAAGUCCUUCGCUCCUCUCUCGCUCCUUUCUCUGGUGCUGGCCGCCACCGGCAGUGCCGCUUCCCUUCCCACCAAGACUCUCUCCCGCCGUGCCGACUUCUGCGACCAGUGGGGUUCCGUCACCACCGGCAGCUACAUUGUCUACAACAACCUCUGGGGCCAGAGCUACGACACCAACGGCAAGCAGUGCACCGGCGUCGACUCCCUCAACGGUAACGACAUCGCCUGGCACACCUCCUGGUCGUGGUCCGGUACCGCGACCCAGGUCAAGAGCUACGCCAACGUUGCUCUGAACUUCACCGCCCGCAAGCUGAGCGCCGUCAAGAGCAUCAAGUCCAACUUCAAGUACAGCAACUCCGACAACAACGUCGUCGCUGAUGUCGCCUACGACCUCUUCACCAGCUCCACCGCCGAUGGUGACGAGGAGUACGAGAUCAUGAUCUGGCUCGCUGCCCUGGGCGGUGCCGGUCCCAUCUCCUCCACUGGCUCUGCCAUCGCCAGCACCACCAUCAACGGUGUCAACUGGAAGCUGUACUCCGGCCCCAACGGCCAGAUGACCGUCUACAGCUUCGUUGCUGAGUCCACCGUCACUGACUUCUCCGGUGAUCUGCUUGAGUUCUUCACCUACCUCCAGAAGAACCAGGGCCUGAGCUCCGACCAGUACCUGACCCACGUCCAGGCCGGUACUGAGCCUUUCACCGGAUCCUCCGACCUGAAGGUUUCUUCCUACUCCGCCGUUGUCGCAUAA